UGUGUGUGUGUGUAUUCGGUGGUACCUUGUGACAACGGAGGAAGAGUAGCCGCUUGUAGUCAGGAUGAAGCUGUCAGUCUUGUGCUUCUGUUUCCUGCAUUUGGCCUUCGUCAGCGGAGGACUACUCACUCGGAAUGAUCUCCAAAGUGGCGGCAGCAAUUUGAUCUCCAGGAAAGCAGGUCAUCAUCUGCAUGGCAGCAGACAAAGGACGCUGUUUGCAAGACGAGGACAAUAUGAGCAGCAGAAGCUUCAAAUGAUGAGGCCUCGAGGGGUGCCAGUUCUCCCAAAGGACGACACUCCCACCAAGACACCACCAAAACCAGCCACCACCGUAUGUUCCCAGUUGGGACAAAGCUGUAUCCCCCACCAAGGAUGCUGUGAGCCUUGUUCUGCCUGCCACUGCCAUUUCUUCAAAGCCAUUUGUUUCUGCAGGAGGAUAAACAUGCAGUGCAGCAAAAACACAUAAACACCCAAAAAAACGUGGGAGCGGACACAUGCAAACACAGCGUGGAUUGCAUAGAUAACACAUGUUGUGUUGUUGCAGACAUCCCACAAAGUCACCAUUAAAAUAGUAAAUGGCCAUUUGAAUGACUUUAUGUAACCUUUUGUGAAAGGCAACUUCUUGCACAGUAUACUAUGAUGUCAUGAAUUAACUGAACAAUAUUACUAUAAUACCAAUAUUGUAUCACUAUUUUGUGUUCUUUUGUUGCAUUUAUAAAGAUUUGUUAUUAUGAUGAUAAUGUGAUAUUAAUGUGUUAGCAGUACUGCAUUUACUACAAUAACCAAAAAACUAGAAAUCUGACAUUUAUUUCAGGCACGAUACCAAGCCCACUCAUAUUUGGAGCCUAUAUUUAUAUGCAGUAAAAGUGAUACAUUUUCAAGAAUACAAAUGUACUUUAACUCAAUUAUUUUGCUUAUUCCAUGCAGUACAAGUCAUCAGAGUACAGUAAUGACUAGACAUUUACUUGGGUGUAUACUUGGCUGUAUUGUACCAUUGGUAAGAAAAGAAGCUAUUUGGCUAAUUUAAAAAAAAUGCUAUCGUAAAAAAAGCAUAAUUUCAUCCAUUUUCUGCUGCUUAUCCUCACGAGGGUCGCGGGUGGUGCUGGAGCCUAUCCCAUCUGUCUUUGGGUGAGAGGCGGGGUACACCCUGGACUGGUGGCCAGCCAAUCACAGGGCACAUAUAGACAAACAACCAUUCACACUCACAUUCAUAUCUAUGGACAAUUUGGAGUCGCCGAUUAACCUAGCAUGUUUUUGGAAUGUGGGAGGAAACCGGAGUACCUGGAGAAAACCCAUGCAUGCAAACUCCACACAGAGAUGACCGAGGGUGGGAUUGAACUCGGGUCUCCCAGCUGUGAGGUCUUUGUGCUAACCACUCGACCGCCAUGCAGCUAAGCAUAACUUCAAAAGAACAAAAAAGUGAGUAAAAACAACUUAAUUCUAUUUACUACAACAAACUUGAUUCUUGGUUUGCUCAUUUAAAAUUGGCUAUCAUGUCAUCAAUUAAAAAAAUAUGAUGAUAUUUUAUCUCAGUUAGCAUCUACCACCUUCUAUCUUGCAGUUUGGUAUACUUGUUUUAUCACACAACGUUCUUCCAUCACACGUUGUGACAUACUGGCAGUUCAAAUGAGGCUUGACCGGACAUCAGUACUAAUAUAAAAAAGAUUAAAAAACAUUAAGAAGCAUGGAUCCAUAGAGCUCCACUAUACUGUCAGUGUGCCGCGGAAGCUGACUGUGCACUGAUGGCUUGUGACUGCUCUGGUGCAGGGGGGACCUCUCCGCAGCAGCCCUUGCAGUUCCGUGACAACUUGCCAG